CAUUCCUCUUUUAAAGCAUUUUUGAAUAUUUAGAGCAUAUCUCAGGUUUUUCAAUGGAUUUUUCGGGCAUUUUAGAGCAUUUUGAGGCAUAACCCUAUCUCAGCUCCCAUGAACUCAUUUUUACUAGUCAGGCAUGUCCCGUCCAUUGAAAACUGAUUAUGUGAUCUGUCAGUACUAUCUAUCAUGACAGGCUUUUCCACAAGUAUGUGUGUCCCUUCUAAUAAUUUUCUACACUAGCAUUUCUUAGACCUUUAAGACGUUUUGUACCCCUUCAGUUCCACAGUAUUACAUCCAGAGAGGAAAAAGGCUAUUUCACAGAUACAUUUUUGGUAGCACAUACUCACAGCUGUUGCAACACCUUUUUCUACCUCGAUAAAAUCUUUUCCAUUCUCUUUUUCGCUCGACUGGAAUAUAGUCCGUCGGCGGUAGACUGGCGAAUGACCUUGUAUUUUGCAAUGUUUAAAAUGAACUGUCUUGUAGGAGUCUCUAGGAAUGUGGAAGACGUUUUUGGCGACAGUGCUUUUCCGAAGAAAAAACUAAAAUUCAAUUGUAAUUAGUUAAUCUUUGUCAGUUAUAUCAUUUUUAUAUUAUUACUUUUUUUUUAUUAUGGCGGUUUUUUUGUUAUUAUUUUUAAGGGCCUUUUUUUUUUUUUUUGCCUUUUAAAAAUAUUUGCCGGCUAUUUGUAAAAUCGUUUUCAGUGAAAUUUAGGUCAUCAAAUUUCUGGCCCUGCUCACAAUAGUCCGAAAACAAGUGCCAUAGUAAAGUUUAGCUCUAAAGGUUUGUACGAAGGAAGAUUUCAACAAGGAAGCUUAUUUCAGUGAGAAUGACGAAGAUUUUAGUGAGAAGAUUUCAGCGUAUUGUUCAUUUUUACUCUAUAUUGCAUACAUUGUCCAUUUUUAUACUGCGUUGUUCUGAAUAAAGACUUAUUUUUUUUUUCAGUUCUUCAACAUGGCUAGCGUAUUUAUGAAAAUCUUCAACUUGAUAUGCAUGAUGCUUCUGAUAGGACACUGGAGCGGUUGCUUGCAGUUCCUCGUGCCCAUGCUGCAGGGAUUCCCAGCAAAUUCAUGGGUCGCAAUCAAUGAGCUCGAAACUGCCCACUGGUUCAAUCAAUAUUCUUGGGCGUUAUUCAAGGCCAUGUCGCACAUGCUCUGCAUAGGUUACGGCAGAUUUCCACCUCAGAGUCUGACCGACAUGUGGCUUACACUUCUCAGUAUGAUCAGUGGUGCUACGUGUUAUGCUCUAUUUUUGGGCCAUACUACCAAUCUCAUACAAUCCCUAGAUUCCUCCAGACGACAGUACAGAGAAAAGUUAAAACAAGUCGAAGAAUAUAUGGCAUAUCGAAAAUUACAUCGGGAUUUACGCACCCGUAUAACAGACUACUUUGAACACCGGUACCAAGGGAAGUUCUUCGACGAGGAGAUGAUCCUUGGCGAGUUAUCCGAAAGACUUAGAGAAGACGUUAUCAAUUACAACUGCCGUUCGCUGGUGGCAUCGGUUCCGUUCUUCGCGAAUGCGGACCCGAACUUCGUAAAUGACGUCGUCACUAAGCUAAAAUAUGAAGUAUUUCAGCCGGGUGACGUCAUAAUCAAAGAGGGCACACUCGGCACUAAGAUGUACUUCAUUCAAGAGGGCAUCGUUGACAUCGUCAUGAGCAAUGGCGAAGUUGCCACCAGUUUGUCGGAUGGCUCUUACUUUGGAGAAAUCUGCUUGCUGACGAACGCCCGGCGAGUCGCGAGCGUUCGAGCUGAGACUUACUGCAAUCUGUUCUCUUUGUCGGUGGAACACUUCAACGCCGUCCUCGACUUAUACCCGCUGAUGCGAAGGACGAUGGAGUCCAUAGCUGCGGAAAGACUCAACAAAAUAGGCAAGAACCCGAGUCUAGUUUCCAACAGAGAAGACCUACAGACAGACCUAAAGACGGUCAGUCUGUUGCUGCAGAGUGCCCAGAGCGACUCGGACGACUCCAACAAAGGAGGCGGCCUCCUGUCCAUGGGCGGUCAUUUGUCCGUGGCGAGGGGGAUGCCCAGACCCAAGUCCGAGAGCUGCUUUCCGCGGAUGGACCUGGGAUUUCCGGACAAUUCCGCGCCCGGAUCCAUGCACAGGUCCGAAACCUUCUAUCAAGCCACAAGUUUGCCCAACACGGAGCAGGUUUUCCAGUCCAUGUUCCAAGCAUGAAGUCAAAUUAAUUACCUCCACUAGUGACAUCAACCAAUAAUAUUUGCAUGAGCAAACUCAGAAACACCCGCAUGUCGCCGCCGAUUGCGUGCAGACAAUUCAAUGGGUGCAACUACAUUAGUAUUAUUAAACGUCAUUCUUUUAACAAAAUACUUAGCACCCAGAGUUUGAAAAUCAGAAAAAGAAGAUAUUCACGUGGUCUUCAACCAGUUCUUCCUAUUACCUACCGAAUGGAUUAUCAAUCCAAGCACUAAUAGUCUAACUGUUAAUAUUAUGCUGAUUGCGUUCAAAACUAUUUUAGAACGAUUUGUUGCAAAGCAAAAAUUGUGAAAUUUUAGUGUUAAAAAAUAACAUUUUCUCAAUAUGAGAUUAAACUUUAAUCCUUUAUAAUUCAGGAAGCUGUUCAGUUCAUGUACUAUGAUUUAUUUUAGAUGAUGUUUUAAAUUACUAUUGCAUACAAAAAUUUUCAAGGAACUUGGUUUACAUUUUGAAAUAUGAAAAAAAUAUGUAAAUUUAAAAUUGCUUGUCAAAUCCAUCAUUAAGCUUUUUAUAAUCCCCAAUAUACUUAAAAAAUGCAGAACUGUAUCUUAUUUUUUUGACUAACUGUUUAUGAGAAUUUUGUACUACACUGUGUUGUGUCACACCGAAAAUGUAAAGUUCUUAAAAUAACUAAGUUUGUGAACAAUUCAUGAAAUUUCAUAUUUCAGAUUAUCAACAAAUUCUUUUAGCGCGAAUGCUCUUUAGACUUCAGGAAGCUGUAAUUUAAAUUAAGUUUUUAUUAGCAUUUAAGUUAUUUAAAAUUAUAUCGAAACGUCAUACUAAAGUAUCAGAAAAUUUUCGAUGAGAAUAAUGCAUGGCAUUACUCCAGAGCUCGAAACUUAAUAGCAAUGCCUUAACCUUGAAGUUUCGAAAGCGCACUAGAGGAGUGCUAUCAUUCAUUAAGUAUGAAGACUGGAGCGUAAUCGAGCUAAUAUUCAUGUGAAGUUAGAUCCAUCGUUAGCGGAACUUCCGCAGUGCUUAGUGAAAUCCCAGUUAAUUAGAGCCUCGUUAACCAAACGAUGAUGAUUAGCCGGAUUAAUGCCUUCUAGAUUGUUGAUCCUUGAAGAGAAAGGUUAUGAAAAGUGUUAAAAUGAUUAAAAAGAAACCAGCAUUCUUUUAGGUUUGUGGUUAUGAGUUUGAACCAAUAUGGGAUCAUUGUACUGGGGUUUUGCAAUGAAAAUUAUAUAAAUUUGAAAAUGAUGUAAUUAUUUUUUAACUUUCUAAAUGGACCAAAGUUUUAUAGAUUUUGCUAAAAGUAUUUACAUUUAUCCAACUAUUUUUGUUAAUUAAUUUUAUUAAUAAGCACAAAAAAGAUUAAUUUUAUAAAAAAUGGAGAGGCUAGUAGUUUUAUCAUUGCGCAUCGUGAGAUGAACUAAAAAUUAAACUACGUUUUAAUUUGUAUCGUAAGUGAAUUUACUUAACACACGAAAAUUCUAGAAAAUAGGAUAUAAAUAUCAAUUUAUGAAAAAAUAAUAAUAUAUAAUGUUCUAAUAAUGAAGGUUAUAAUGAUAAAUUUUCAACAUUAAAGUACCAUACAUCAUUGUUCGACUGCCUUCCAGAAUGGGAUAGACAAGUGACGACCCGUUUAAAAAGACGGCAGCAAUUAAAUCAGAUAUUAGAUGGUAUUAUUUGAAAGGUGUAAGAGGAGAAAUAAAAUGCCAGUAUAUUUGAAAUUAGCUUCAUUUUUACUUUUGAUAUCUUUGCUGAAAUAAUUAUUUAUGAACUGUAGUUUUUAAUUUUAAUUAACUAGGACAAUAUACCCUUUAUAUAACUUAAGAUCAGUUGUUUUUAUGCGUUUUUCCUCAUUAUAUUAAAACAAAUAAUAAACAAAUCGUUCUAAAGUAGUUAUUCUGAAAUCAAGAACGCGUCCUAUAUAUGCAAGUAGUGUGGUAUGUAUUAUAUGGCUGUAUUGAAGUAUGCUACGCUUUUAGGAAAAAUAACAAAUUUAAAUAUCAAGAUUGUGAUAACUAAUAUAUAAUAUGACGUUAACUACAGAACUGUUGUUGCAGUUUAAAUUAGGAAAUUUUAUUUACAUAUACAAAUACUUAAACUGUUCAUGCAAAAAAUAAUCAAUUUAAUGAUUUAAAUGUUACAUUUAUGUGUUGUAUAAAAAAUACUUUUUUUAAAUAUUAGUACUGAUAGUUAGACAGCUAUAUGUGUAACUAAAUUACAAGUAAUUAAUGAAACUAAUGAAAAUUUAUAAAAUUAAUCUUUGAAUAGUUUUGUAGUUAUUAAUUACAAAGUAUUCUGAUGUAUUCAAGUCAUUAUAUCGUUUUCUGUUGCAUAAUUACCUUCUUCAAAUGUUAUGAAGUUGUAUUUUAAUAACAGAUUUAAUCAUAUUUUUAACCAGCUGAUGAUCAGUUUAAAUAAUUAAAAGUAUUCCAGACAAUUACUCUGUGCAAGAGGUACGUCAUUAAGCUCAAAAGCUUCGCUUAUAAAACUAAUCAGAAUCAAUGACUAUUUGCAAAAUGACUUCUUUGUAAGCUGCUCGUCUUCACAAAUUCUACAUUAGGUACAUUAGAGAUCCACAAAUGGCGGAAAUGUAGAAAAAUUGAAGUUUUUGGACUUUUAUUGCUAGUAUAACACAUCUAGGCCAGAGUAAAUAAUUGUUUGAAAUAUUUUUACAAAGAAGAAACAUAAGAGGCAUACUUCCACAUUUAAUCGAUUAUUCUAGCUCUAAAAUUCAGAAGUUUUAGUUUUCUCGAAUGUUAAAUUUAUGCACAGUAGUAAAUUUAAUAUAUUAUAAAAUUUAAAUAACAACAUUUUCAUGUAAAGGGAGUUUCAUCGCCAUUAAAGUUGUAAAUGUUGAAGGGCUAAAUUACAGUUAGUACUCAUAAUAAUUUUCUAUCUCCAAACUAAUCAUUUUACAAAUGCUAAAUUCAAAAUUAAGGCAGAAAAUGUUUUAAACCUUUAGAAUUGUGCCUCUUAGUUUUUCUCUCUCAUUAAUUUUACACUUUUUUACUAAAAAAUAUGAAGCAUAAGUUGCUGGUAGGAAAAUUAUUUCAGAAUUUGAAUCGAUAAUUUUAAGUCAUGUGUGCGAAGCGUCAACUAAAUCCUGGUUUCCUUUCUAUCGAGCUUCUUCUUCAUUAGUCCAGGAAUUCUCAACUUGUCCCAUUUCCAACAAAAGUGUUGGGAGCUCGCCUAUAAAUUAUUAAUUUUCUAUUGUAUAUACAGGUCUCAUGCUAAGAAGUAGUUUAUUAAAUUAAUAAGUAGUAAAAAUCAAAAUCAUUUUAAAGUGUACAGUAAAUAGAUUCUCCCAAAAAAUUACUUUGUUUUCCCUUUGAAAACUAUCUAUCCUCUAAAAGCUGUCUUAUCUUUUCUUGAUAACGUAAGGUAAUUUCGAGAAUGGGAAAUACAGGAAAUUAGCUUUACUUGUUUGCACUUACUUAAAAACGCUACCAAUUUAAAUUCAUUUCUUCCGCUUUUCGUUUUGUGGAAAAAUUUACAUCACUUCCAUAAUAUGCAAAUACACCGGAAUUUUUACAUUUUAACAAAAGCAGUGCAAACCAUCAAAAUAGCAAAAGUCCUUCAAUUUUUUCCUAAUUCAAUGAUGUUAUUGUUAAGAAAGACAACUUAUUCCUUUUUAAAACACCAGAAAUAUAUCGAUUAAGCAUGGUUGAAUUAAAACAGCUAAGUACUGUGAAUAUUCUACAGCUAAGUAUUGUGAAUAUUCUAUUUAAUAAUUCUAUGAAAAAUUAUUCGAUUGAAAAAUUUAGAGCUAUUAUCAAUUUAUUGUGUGAUAAUUUUAAAAUUGAAUAGUUCAAUAUUUUCUAUUCCAAUAACUAAUAUUUUGCUCAAAAUAACAAUUUAUUUUACAUUACACUUAAUUCGAUAUCUUAAUUCAAUAGUUUCAACUAAUAAUUGCAGAAAACUUAAACCUUUAUGAGCAUCAAAAGAGCAAACUAUUCGGUAUUCAUGUGCCACAGUAUUAUAACUCUUUUACUAUUAUUAUAUUCAUUUAGUGAUAAUUAAACGGAAAGUAAAAAUUUAAAAAUAAAUAAACAAUUGUUAUUCAAAAACACAAUCUACGAUAGCUGUUCAACCUUCGUAGAGUCUAUGACCUCUCUGCAUACGCGUGAUUAAUCCGCCAAUUGUAUUUUAUCACAGUUCAGUGCAUGGCUGCAUAUAGCUCAGAGCCAUUUCUCUCAACAUACAUCGAGGUUAGCAUUCUAGGCAAACGAAUACGUUUUUGUGAAACACAUUGUGCUGCGAUUUAAGACGUAUGCAGUAGGCAAUCAGACAAAAUUUGUCCCCAUACUGUAAGCCAAAUGACAUGGAAUAAUAGCUUAUUAGUUUUGGUUUUGAUAUUAAAUCUGGAAUCGAAAGCCUCCUAAAUGUUUUUAUUGCAAUUAUUAUCCUUUAUCAUAGAUUAGAAUGAUUCCAUUUCAACUUCUUCAUAAGGUUGAGAAUUGCUGCAUUAGGUGUUUUAAACAAAUGCACCAAAUAGUGCCAUGGAUUUAGUUGCGCAUUCUAACAAUCAGAAAUCAUCGUGUCAUUCCGUUGCAAAGCACUCACGUGAUAUCUGUACGGCUAUUAAGGCUGUUCAGCAAGCGCAUAGUAAUAGAUGCUGCAAGUUAUAUUUUAACAAGGAAUUGUAAUUCCAAGCAUUGCUUGCUAGGCCUUAAAAAGCAAAUCACCCGUGCCCUGUACUGUUUGUUAAUAUAACAAACACUAUUGUUGUAGUCCAACAAGCAAAAAUGUUAUUAUAAUGAUAGUGAUAAUCAGGAGAGUCAGAAAUAUAAUCGAGCACUUGUAGUAUCCCUUAGUGGGCCACCAUGUAGCUACUAUGCAGUUUUCUGUAGUGAGUCAAGCCAGCAAUUAAAUGUAGGCUUUGGUGUAUUAGUUAAGAUGUGACAGUAAAUAGGGGUACGAAUAAGAUUUUAGUUUGUAAAGAGGAGAAGAAUAGUGUAAUAACGUGAGAAAGAAUUUCAACAUUUUUGAUUUCUUGAGAGUAAAUAUUUUUGCUUGUAUAUCUUGAAUUUUAUUCGUAAAAAUUUGCCAAAGAAAUAUAAUUCUACUGAGGAAUAUUCUAAUAAAAUUAAAAAUAGAUGCAACUUUAGAGUUAUAUCUUUAUCAUAAAGUACAACUCUAAAAUCGUUGAAAAUUUUACUUUCCCUGAAAUCUGAAUAGACAGUUUCCUCAACACAUUUUAUUUAAACGUAAAUCAACUAUAUAUUUUAGUACAAAUAGCAAAAUCGAUUAAUCUUUUAAAUUUAGUUUUAAAUUUAUUUUCUAAAUUGAUUGGAAAAUAAAAGCAAUUAAUAUUCUCAAAAACGUUAUCAUACAGAAAAUUGUAUCAGCUAUUUUAACAUAUAAUAAACAAUGGAAAUAUUUACAUUAUAUACGUUUAUAGUAAGUUUAGCUUCUUUCUGAAAUAUAUAUUUGUAAUGUAUUUAUAUAAUUAAAGCAUAUCCAUAUCUGUCAUAUACAGAAAUAAAAAUGUAUUUGCUAAGUUUUGAAUUAAACAAAUUAAUUUAUUUUAACAAUAUUAUAUGCAAUUAAAAUAUCAGUUUCAUACUUUGCAAAGCAUUUUUCCGUAUUUUUAGAUAUGUAUCUUUUAGUAUUAUAAAUAUUGCUUAUUAAUGUUUUACUUGUUCUUGAUGUCGUUUUACAGUAAUGUCCAGCAUGCAUUUUUCUGUCAUUCUUAUUCAGCAUGUUUUUCAAUGGUGCGUGUUUUUUUUAAUCAACUGAAUUAAAUAAUCCCUAAAACCAACGAAGUAAUGUUAAUUCUUUCAUAUUGAAACAAAUUUUAUUAAAGGCUGCAAGUCCUUUGAAAGCUGCUUAAGCGAAAAAUAUAAUUAAAUGAAAGGACAGAAUGUUAUGAAUCUUCACAUAAUAAAAUUUUUUUAAGUCAUAUGAAAACAAAAUUCUAAUGUUAUUUAUUAUUCGAAAAUGUAAAAACAAUGAUUCUGAAAAAUUUUGCAAGUGCAUUUUUAAAUCGCACUUUUGUUUUAUUUAAAUCAUUAUUACACUUUAGUUUCUGAACAGCAACUAUGAUCCUUUUUUUAAAUAAAUAUAAAAACAAAAACUAAAUGAUAUUCUAAUCCCAACAAGUUAAGAACGGAUAAAAUAAUUAUUCUAAUUUUUUUUCAAUAAAAAGGGAUCUUAAUUGAAAUUUAACUUACAUGAAGUUGUAGUUUAAAUUAUUUUCACUUCAGUGCUUGUAAAUUAUAAAGUGAAUGGAGUAGAGGAUUACUAAUUAAUGUUUUGCUUGUCCUUGAUGCAGUUUCAGAGUAACAUUCACCAUGAAUUUGUCUGUCAUUCUUAUUCAGCAGGUUUUUCAAAAAUUUAAGUCAAAUUCCGCAAAUUUUGUCUAAUGUUUCUUCUGUAAUGAUAUAAUAUAGUUUUCAUUUAAGUUCAUAUAAACUAAGUUGUAUCGUCAAGCAGUGAAGAAAUUAUUCGCAAUAUAUGAAAAUCAUCACUAUGAUAAUUUGAAGCAGACAUUAUUUACAUUAAAAGAAGUCGCGAAAAAAAUUAAUAAUCUAGAGAUAUGUAUAAUUUUAAUCCUACUUUAAAAUGUUCUUAAUAUUUUAAAACUGAAGGUAUUCGGAACAUGUGAGUGUGGUUUUAUACAAUGCGUAUUUCAUAAAGAGAUGUUAUAUUUUAUAUGAAGUGAAUGGUUAACAAAUUUUUGAAUAGCUAAAACACACGUAUUAAUAUUCCUUUCAUUUAUAAUACAUUUUGAUGCAUUUUUAAAAAUCAUAUCCAAGGUAAGAAUGAAAAAUAAAAGAAAUUUCCAGUAUUCAUAAUAUAUAUUUUGAAAUUAGUAUGUAAUAUAUGUAUAAAAGAAUGAUCUUUGAGAAAGGGAACACUGUUUAGAAAGAGAACCAUGACUGCUGUGAUGUAUAUAUAUAUAUAGCAACUGUUGUAAUAACACAUAUUCUAAGGCCUCUAGUCUUGAUAAUCAUAACAUUUGAUACGAUAGUGCUGUACUCCAUUAGCUGUUUCCUCAGUCGUUCGUUUUGCAUAAAAUGAUUUGCUCAGCGCAAUCAGAUAAAUAUAUUCUAUAUCCUCCUUUUUGGAACUCUUUUUCAUAUGCACUGCACAUACUCUGUUGUACCAGUCACUGUACGUUAAACGUUGUACUAUUUUUGCAGUCUAAUAGUACUUUGCACUUGUACGAAGCUUGUUUCUUUGCUCGGUUACUUUCCUCGCUGACAUGAAAAGGCUAGUUACUCGUCAUUGAUGAUUUCCUUCUAUAAAUAAUCGCGUACGUAAAAUAAAUAAAAUUUUUGUAACAUUUUAGAAGUGUCUAUCAUACUUUAUAAAAUUUGAAAUUAAGUUUGCGUUCCGUACUUGACAAAUUAUCUGACAAUUAAAGAAAAAAUGAGAAGUUAAAUUCGAGAAGUCUGAAACAUAGAACCAUAUUUAAUUCUGAUCACUUUUUUAAAACUUUUAAACAUUUCUAAAUCAAAAUUUCAAACUUACUUUUGAAGGCAAAAUCAAGAAACAUAGCGAACUGUUGUUUCUUCUUUCAGAAAUUUGGAAAAUAUUUUGUAAAUAGCUCCAUAAACCUUAGUAAAUUUGUAAAACAAAAUUGCAUAAAAACAUUCAUAAUCAAGAUUUUAAAUGUUUAUUGAAAAGACAAAGUAAUCCAAGUUAAUAAAUAAAGACAAUACUGUAAGAAAAGUUACAGAAGUAUUAACUUAUUUACUAACUCUAAAACUUCUUUACUCGCUAAUCUUUACUUCAUCUAAGUUUUAUAAAUAAUAACUCGAUAUUGAAAUAUUAAAAAAUGCGUUUAAUUAUUAUAAAUAUCCCUUACUAAACACACUGUAUCAUUUGAUAGAAUACGAUUUAACAAUUAAACAUUCUGAAAUCUUUCACUGAUAUACUAAGUACGAAUACGACGAUAUAGUACUCGUAUGUUCCAUCGUAGUUCUAAUGUAAGAGAACAGACUUCUGAUUAUAUUUUCCAAUUAAGUGAAAUCAUAAUGACUGAAAAUUUUGCGAAAUGACAACAUUGAAGGGAUGGUUUUUUCUCUUCUCUUCUUUCAAUGUGUUUAGAGUUUCUAACUUUGCCAAAUAAAUUUAGUACGUUAUUGUCGAUUAAAAUCUUAAACGUGAAAAGCGAAUAAAGAUAAAUUUGAUGGCAGCCAAUGAAAAUGUAAUACACGCACCUGAAUGACUGUAUGUCAUGAUCCGUGUGUAAAGAUCCAUUUAUUAAUUUUAAAGCUUUUUAAAUAACUAGCUUCUAAUAGCUUAAUUAAUUUUUAAAAGUUAAAUUUAAAAAAUUUAAUUUUAAAAAAAGGCGCCGGAAAAAUAUUUUUCAUCUAACUGAUUAAAUUCUCAAAUCUUAAAAUGAAAACAAAUCUAAAUUUUUCCUUUAAAUCUUGCACAAGAUUAAGAAAAUUCAAUACAAUGAGCUUUGAUGUACAUGAAGAAUCAAUAAUCGCAAUUUAGACAAGCUUGCUGUAACACAUCUAGGCACUGCUUCUAAUUACCUUAUUCAAUCUCUUUGCCUCGACGCCGCAAUUUUCUGGCAUUUUUUCAGUUGCACAAAAAGGAGGAAACCUUAGCUUCUUUCAUUUCGCCCCGAGGAAAGGACCAAGCAGUUCAGAGUACAACAAGAGACUGGAUUAUAUAUUUUGAAAAUGGUUGAGCUGUGUUCAUUUUGAGUGGUGCUAAUGACCUUACGCAGCGCUAGUUAAGCAAAAUAUUCUUUGGCAAACUCGAAAUAUUCCGUUAAUUUAAAGGCACAUACUUCUUGUAUAAUAUUUGAUGAAAUAAUUUCUAACUACCUUUCAAAAUAACAUAAAUGUAGACUUAGGCAGCUUAAAUUCGAAUCCCUUCCUCCAUUUACCUUUUAAAAUAUAUCCCUUAAUAUAUUACAUUAAAAGGAACUAUUAAGUUUCUUUUGUGAUAUUGGCCGAAUAUCUUAAAUUUCUAUAAAUAAUACCCUAUGUAUAUAUGUUACUUUUUAUUGGACACAUAUGCGUUUUUAUUCGUAAACAAAUUUAAUUGUGCAAAAGUUUGCGAAGUGUUUCGAGUUUGCCAAAAUAUUUGGAACUUUUAUUAAUCUUUACAUCAAGAGCUGAUAAUAGCAAAAGAUUGUAUGCUAUUUUUGAAGUAUGUAAGAUGAAUUUCUGUGAACAAGCAAGCUGAAUCAAUAAAGGUUAUUAUUUAAGGCAAACA